AUGAGCCUCAGUGAGGAACAGGUGCAGGCGUUCCUGGACCAGAACCCCGGCUUCGCAGACCGGUACUUCGGGCGGAAGCUGAGCCCUGAGGCUGUGGCCAGCGCCUGCGAGGAUGGGUGCCCGGCGGGCUGCACCCGUUUCCAAGAGCUGUGCCAGGUGGAGGAGAGCACGGCCCUGUUGGAGCUGGUGCAGGACAUGCAGGAGAGCGUGAACAUGGAGCGCGUGGUCUUCAAGGUCCUGCGGCGUCUGUGCUCCAUCUUGCAUGCCGACCGCUGCAGCCUCUUCAUGUACCGCCAGCGCAACGGCACGGCCGAGCUCGCCACGCGCCUCUUCAGCGUGCAGCCAGGCAGUGUCCUGGAGGACUGCCUGGUGCCUCCCGACUCCGAGAUCGUCUUCCCGCUGGACAUCGGGGUCGUGGGCCACGUGGCUCAGACCAAGAAGAUGGUGAACGUCAAGGAUGUGACGGAGUGUCCCCACUUCAGCUCCUUUGCUGAUGAGCUGACCGACUAUGUGACAAGGAGCAUCCUGGCCACGCCCAUCAUGAAUGGCAAAGAUGUUGUGGCUGUGAUCAUGGCUGUGAACAAGCUGGACGGCCCGUGUUUCACAAGUGAAGAUGAAGACGUUUUCCUGAAGUAUCUGAACUUCGGGACGUUAAACCUGAAGAUCUACCACUUGAGCUACCUGCACAACUGCGAGACCCGCCGAGGCCAGGUGCUGCUGUGGUCAGCCAACAAGGUGUUUGAGGAGCUGACGGACAUCGAGAGGCAGUUCCACAAGGCCUUCUACACUGUGCGGGCCUAUCUGAACUGUGACCGAUACUCAGUGGGCCUCCUGGACAUGACCAAGGAGAAGGAAUUCUUCGACGUGUGGCCUGUGCUGAUGGGGGAAGCCCAGCCGUACUCAGGCCCACGCACACCUGACGGCCGUGAGAUCGUCUUCUACAAAGUCAUCGACUACAUCCUCCAUGGCAAGGAAGACAUCAAGGUCAUCCCCUCACCCCCGGCCGAUCACUGGGCCCUUGCCAGUGGCCUGCCAACCUACGUGGCGGAAAGUGGCUUUAUCUGUAACAUUAUGAAUGCCCCGGCUGAUGAAAUGUUCAAAUUUCAGGAAGGGCCUCUGGACGACUCUGGGUGGAUCAUCAAGAAUGUCCUCUCCAUGCCCAUCGUCAACAAGAAGGAGGAGAUUGUGGGGGUCGCAACGUUUUACAACCGGAAAGACGGGAAGCCCUUCGACGAGCAGGAUGAAGUCCUGAUGGAGUCUCUCACACAGUUCCUGGGCUGGUCGGUGCUGAACACCGACACCUACGACAAGAUGAACAAGCUGGAGAACCGCAAGGACAUCGCCCAGGACAUGGUUCUGUACCACGUGAGAUGUGACAAGGACGAAAUCCAGUUGGUCCUGCCGACAAGAGAACGCCUCGGGAAGGAGCCUGCUGACUGUGAGGAGGACGAGCUGGGGAAGAUCUUGAAGCAAGAGCUGCCGGGGCCCACCAAGUUUGAUAUCUAUGAGUUCCACUUCUCUGAUCUGGAGUGCACGGAGCUGGAGCUGGUCAAAUGCGGCAUCCAGAUGUACUACGAGCUGGGAGUGGUUCGAAAGUUCCAGAUCCCCCAGGAGGUCUUGGUGCGGUUCCUGUUCUCCGUGAGCAAGGGGUACCGGAGAAUCACCUACCACAACUGGCGCCACGGCUUCAACGUGGCCCAGACGAUGUUCACGCUUCUCAUGACGGGCAAACUGAAGAGCUACUACACGGACCUGGAGGCCUUCGCCAUGGUGACUGCCGGCCUGUGCCACGACAUCGACCACCGGGGCACCAACAACCUGUACCAGAUGAAAUCCCAGGACCCUUUAGCCAAGCUCCACGGCUCCUCGAUUUUGGAACGACACCACCUGGAGUUUGGGAAGUUCCUGCUCUCCGAGGAGACCCUGAACAUCUAUCAGAACCUGAACCGGCGGCAGCAUGAGCACGUGAUCCACCUCAUGGACAUCGCCAUCAUCGCCACAGACCUGGCGCUCUACUUCAAGAAGAGGACGAUGUUCCAGAAGAUUGUGGAUGAGUCCCAGAACUACGAGGACAGGAGCAGCUGGGUGGAGUACCUCUCCCUGGAGACGACGCGGAAGGAGAUAAUCAUGGCCAUGAUGAUGACGGCGUGUGACCUGUCUGCCAUCACCAAGCCCUGGGAAGUCCAGAGCAAGGUCGCUCUGCUGGUGGCAGCUGAGUUCUGGGAACAAGGGGACCUGGAGAGGACGGUUCUGGAUCAGCAGCCCAUUCCGAUGAUGGACCGGAACAAGGCGGCCGAGCUCCCCAAACUGCAGGUCGGCUUCAUUGACUUUGUGUGCACGUUCGUGUACAAGGAGUUCUCCCGCUUCCACGAGGAGGUCCUGCCCAUGUUCGACCGGCUGCAGAACAACAGGAAGGAGUGGAAGACCCUGGCCGACGAGUACGAGGCGAAGGUGAAGGCCCUGGAGGAGGAGCAGAGGAAGGCGGCCGAGAGGACGGCGGCCAAAAAAGCGGGCACAGAAGUUUGCAACGGCGGCCCAGCACCCCAGUCUUCCACCUGCUGCAUCCUGUGA